AUGGUUUGUGAAGAGCACGAAGCGGGGCCGGAGGAAGGUCCGGGGGUUCUGCCCGGGGCCGGAGGAAGGUCCGGGGGUUCUGCCCGGGGCCGGCAGGUGGCAGCACGGGCGCCUGGCACCGGGAGCCCCGGCCCGCGCUGCCCGCCCCGCCCCGCGGCCCCGGGCCGGCCCCGGCCCCGCUCCCUGCGGCCCUCAGAGCCGAGUGACUGCCAGAGGACGGCGGGGGGAGCCCCACCGCCCGCGCGUCUCUCGUCUUCCUCCUCGCAGCAUCGUUUCUCAGCACUGUACCGGGUCCCAAACGCGAUAUCUCAGAAACUACCUUCUGACUGGAUUAAGCACUCUGGUAGCAUGAAAAAAUACAGCCCCUCACACGUGGUUGCUCACAGUGAGUAAAAAGCUCUCCAUGGCAGCUACAGAGCUUUGUGGAGCAGCUUCUGCCAGGGCACAGGAGCAGCACUGACAC